AUGGAGGAGCUGCACUUUCAAACACUGCAAAUAAAUUAUGAGGCGCUGCAGCAGGAGAACAAUCUUCUAAAACGAAGAGUACAAGAACUUCAGGAGAUAAAUGAAUCCCAGGCAGAUAAGGUAAAAGAUCUGCAUACAAAGUUGGAGGAGAAGAUUCUGGAGGAGCAGAAGGAGGCACAGGAUUUGGAGUCCAUGGUACAACAGGUGGAGGCCAAUCUUCAAAUGAUGACGAAAAGGGCAUCAAAGGCUGAGAAUCAUGUGACCAAACUGAAGCAAGAAGAAGUGGCUCUUCUCCAGAUUCAGUUGAACACCUACAAAGCAGAGAACGAAGCUUUACGAAGGGGUGAGACAGCCGGAAUGAAUGCUGUAAAACAAAAUGCCAACUUGGCGUUAGAGAACCUGCACAAGGCGGUGAGCGGUGCCCAGGUCUCUAUAAAGCAACUGGUGUCUGGAGCGGAAUCUUUAAAUAUUGUGGCACAGCUUUUAAACUCCAUAGACAAAAUAGCAGAAGUUCAUGAGGACGUUCCCUAA